GAGCGGGGAGGGCCCUGGCGCGCAGAGCUGGCGCUGGGGAGGAACGCUGGGCGGUCGUUCGUCCUUGCCUUCGGGUCUCCAUGCCUCGGCAGCGCCCUGCUCCGCAGCCAACGGCCAGCAAGCUGUAGCCAUGGCCGCCGUGGCCGUCCUCCGGAACGACUCGCUGCAGGCCUUCCUCCAGGUCGGGGCUGGGCUCGAAGGGGGCGAGGGAAAGGUGGGAAGCGUAGUGCCCAGGUCUCUCCUGGCACUCUGUGCACCCUGAAUCUCAAAGGGAACCCUGCUCAGCGGAUGCCGCUGGAGUCAGACCUCGGGGUGCUUAUGCCAACUUCACACCUAGCCUUGGUGUCAAGAGUGUGGCAUUUGGGGGAGGGACGCGCGGAUCCGGAGGUUGUUCGGAGUUGUGCGUCUGGCUGAGAAUAGGGCCCGAGCUCAGCCUGCUGGGCCAUCCCCCGGAUUUCAGCCUGGGGCGGGCGGGGGAGGAGAGCGAGAGUGGCGUGGAAACAAGAGCUUAAAAGAUGGGAGGGAGGGCAGAUGGACAGCCGGGCUGUGGGUGUUUCCAGACCCUUUCUGAUCGCGGAGCUGGAAGCGGCCCGUCCGAUCCCUCUCUCCUCCCACUUUGUGCUUGCUUCCUCUGAGGCCGGGUGGCUUCUCUUUGCACCAAGUAGUUUAACAGGAAGCGCUCGCGCGCUCCGCAUUCAGGACCGCACCCCCAGCGCCUCCCCGGACCUGGGCAAGCACUCGCCCCUGGCGCUGCUAGCCGCCACCUGUAGCCGAAUCGGCCAGCCGGGCGCCACGGCGCCCCCGGACUUCCUGCAGGUGCCCUACGACCCGGCGCUGGGCUCACCCUCCAGGCUCUUUCACCCGUGGACCGCCGACAUGCCGGCGCACUCCCCGGGCGCGCUGCCGCCCCCGCACCCCAGCCUGGGGCUGACGCCGCAGAAAACGCACCUGCAGCCAUCCUUCGGGGCGGCGCACGAACUGCCGCUCACACCCCCCGCUGACCCCUCGUACCCCUACGAGUUCUCACCGGUCAAGAUGCUGCCCUCGAGCAUGGCAGCGCUGCCCGCCAGCUGCGCGCCUGCCUACGUGCCCUACGCGGCACAGGCCGCGCUGCCACCCGGCUACUCCAACUUGCUGCCCCCGCCGCCACCGCCCCCGCCGCCCACGUGCCGCCAGCUGUCCCCCAACCCAGCCCCCGAUGACCUCCCGUGGUGGAGUAUCCCGCAGGCGGGCACGGGUCCGGGGACCUCCGGGGUUCCGGGGAGCAGCCUCUCUGGUGCCUGUGCCGGGGGCCCCCACGCACCUCGCUUCCCCGCCUCGGCGGCCGCUGCUGCCGCCGCCGCCGCCGCCGCCCUGCAGCGGGGCCUGGUGUUGGGCCCGUCGGACUUCGCGCAGUACCAGAGCCAGAUCGCUGCGUUGCUGCAGACCAAGGCCCCCCUGGCGGCCACGGCCAGGAGGUGCCGCCGCUGUCGCUGCCCCAACUGCCAGGCGGCGGGCGGCGCCCCCGAGGCAGAGCCGGGCAAGAAGAAGCAGCACGUGUGCCACGUGCCGGGCUGCGGCAAGGUGUACGGCAAGACGUCGCACCUGAAGGCGCACCUGCGCUGGCACACGGGCGAGCGGCCCUUCGUGUGCAACUGGCUCUUUUGCGGCAAGAGCUUCACGCGCUCGGACGAGCUGCAGCGGCACCUGCGAACUCACACGGGCGAGAAGCGCUUCGCCUGCCCCGAGUGCGGCAAACGCUUCAUGCGCAGCGACCACCUCGCCAAGCACGUCAAGACGCACCAGAAUAAGAAGCUCAAAGUUGCGGAGGCCGGGGUCAAGCGGGAGGACCCGCGGGACCUGUGAGCCUACCGGGGGAUGACUCGAGGCCUCUCCCGCCUCGGACUCCCUUCCCAGCACCUCUUCGGGGAGGUUCCGGGGGCCUGUGGGCAGCUGGCCGAGGGGAGACCCAACAGAGGCACUUGCCCCUUCUCAAAGCGACGCCAGGCUCCCAGCUUCCCUGGCCCGGGCCGCGGACAGGGACCCUGUGCCUAGGAGGAGCAGGGGAGGUGGGAUUGGGAGCUCUGCGUCACGCAAGGGCAGUUUCAAGCUCUGAACAUUCCCACCGUCGGGGAGACCUACAGUUUUGGGGGACCACCCUGGGCUGACCUUGUAUAUAGGAAACGCUGCUGAAUUAAAGCGGAAGGACCUUGGAGAUUUGAAACAGUGCUCGGGUUUUUUGCUAGGACCGGGCCGGGCUUUGUACAGGUUAUUUAAUAGCUUUGUUAACUAUUAUAAUAAUUAUAACAUUAAUAAAAAUGUUAACUUUUGUCCUCAGCUCCAUGCAGAGCUACAGCAUGAAAUGUCUCUGUAAAGCAAUCAGCAGUUGCAGCGUGAAAAUAAAUACGUUAACUCCGGGGUCACCUCGGGAGGACCCC